UUGUAAACUGGUCGGCCAUGUUGAAUGGGUGUGCAUUUUGAUCUGUCAACUCGUCAGUAACCUCUAGACUUAAAAAAAAAUAUUAAAAUUGUAUUUGGAAAAGUUUCAGUACUAUCGCCCCGGUUUCUUCGGGUAAAGAUUUACUUAUAGUUGGUGUCACAUCGUCGAAACAAGCGAAAAAAUGACGCAGCCUACCUUGCUGCCUAUAAGAUUCCAAGAACAUUUACAGCUUACCAAUAUUGGUAUAAAUGUCGCCAAUAUUUCGUUUGCAACUCUCACCAUGGAGAGUGACAAAUUUAUUUGUGUGCGGGAAAAAGUUGGAGAGACAUCACAAGUCGUUAUUGUUGAUAUGGCAGACACGGCUAGUCCAAUACGUAGGCCUAUCACAGCUGAGAGUGCCAUUAUGAAUCCAGCGUCAAAAGUUAUCGCUUUAAAAGGUAAAGCGGGAGUAGAAGCUCAGAAAACGUUGCAGAUAUUUAAUAUCGAAAUGAAGUCAAAAAUGAAAGCUCAUACAAUGAACGAAGAUGUCAUAUUUUGGAAAUGGAUUAGCCCAAAUACUUUGGCCUUGGUUACAGAGACAUGCGUUUUUCACUGGUCCAUGGAGGGUGAUUCCACACCUGUUAAAAUGUUUGAUAGACAUUCAUCACUUAAUGGCUGUCAAAUUAUAAACUAUAGAACAGAUCCAAAACAAAACUGGUUGCUUUUAGUUGGAAUUAGUGCUCAGCAAUCUCGCGUUGUUGGAGCUAUGCAGCUAUACUCAGUAGAAAGAAAAUGUUCCCAGCCUAUUGAAGGCCAUGCAGCAUCUUUUGCAACCUUCAAAAUCGAUGGAAAUCCAGAGCCUUCAACACUGUUUUGUUUUGCUGUAAGAGCAGCUCAAGGAGGAAAAUUACACAUUAUUGAAGUUGGUCAGAGUCCACCCGGCAAUCAACCUUUUCCAAAGAAAACUGUUGAUGUUUUCUUUCCGCCUGAAGCCCAAAAUGAUUUUCCAGUAGCCAUGCAAGUCUCGACUAAAUACGACGUAAUCUAUUUGAUUACUAAAUACGGUUACAUCCAUAUGUAUGAUAUUGAGAGCGCAGUUUGCAUUUACAUGAACAGAAUUUCAAGCGAAACUAUCUUUGUUACUGCUCCUUAUGAAACCACUGGCGGAAUUAUCGGCGUCAACAGAAGAGGUCAGGUGCUGUCUGUGUCUGUAGACGAAGAGAAUAUAAUUCGAUAUGUAAAUCAAAUAUUACACAAUCCUGAUUUGGCCUUAAGACUGGCCACUCGUAAUAAUCUUUCGGGCGCCGAAGAGCUUUUCGUUAAUAAAUUCCAGUUGCUCUUUCAAAAUGGACAAUAUACUGAAGCGGCUAAAGUGGCUGCAAAUGCACCUAAAGGAAUUUUACGAACUCCCGCAACCAUUCAAAUGUUCCAACAAGUUCCAACACAAGCUGGACAGAAUAGCCCUCUUCUACAGUAUUUUGGAAUUCUAUUAGAUCAAGGACAGUUAAAUAGAUAUGAAUCAUUAGAGCUCUGCAAACCCGUGUUAUUACAAGGUCGUAAACAGCUACUGGAAAAAUGGCUGAAAGAAGAUAAAUUGGAAUGUUCAGAAGAAUUAGGAGAUUUGGUAAAGCAAGUUGAUCCCACAUUGGCUCUUUCUGUCUAUCUAAGAGCCAAUGUUCCUGCAAAAGUAAUUCAGAGCUUUGCGGAAACAGGACAGUUCCAAAAAAUUGUGCUUUAUGCAAAAAAAGUUUCUUACACGCCCGAUUACAUAUUUCUGUUACGUCAAGUAAUGAGGACCAAUCCAGAACAAGGUGCCGCAUUUGCCAGUAUGUUAGUUGCAGAUGAAGAGCCGUUGGCAGAUAUUAAUCAAAUAGUAGACAUUUUCAUGGAGCAGAAUAUGGUGCAACAGUGUACUGCUUUCCUUUUGGAUGCGUUAAAGAAUAACAGACCUACUGAGGGCCACCUACAAACUCGUCUUCUAGAAAUGAAUUUGAUGUCUGCUCCUCAAGUUGCUGAUGCCAUACUAAGCAACAAUAUGUUCACACAUUACGACAGGGCCCAUAUCGCUCAAUUGUGUGAGAAAGCAGGUCUAUUACAAAGAGCUUUGGAGCAUUACACUGAUUUGUAUGACAUUAAGAGAGCAGUAGUUCAUACGCAUCUUUUACCUGCUGAGUGGUUGGUCAGCUUUUUCGGCACACUUAGUGUGGAAGACAGUCUUGAAUGUUUAAAGGCCAUGUUAACAGCAAACAUCAGACAAAAUUUGCAAAUUUGUGUUCAGAUUGCAACAAAAUAUCAUGAACAAUUGACAACUAAAGCUCUAAUUGAUCUUUUUGAGAACUUUAAGAGCUAUGAGGGUCUCUUCUACUUUUUGGGAUCAAUUGUCAACUUCUCUCAAGAUCAGGAAGUUCAUUUCAAAUAUAUACAAGCGGCAUGUAAAACAGGACAAAUUAAGGAGGUUGAGAGAAUAUGCCGAGAAUCAAAUUGUUACAACCCCGAGAGAGUCAAAAACUUCUUAAAAGAAGCAAAACUUACUGAUCAGCUUCCUUUAAUUAUUGUUUGCGAUCGUUUUGAUUUCGUUCACGAUUUAGUUCUAUAUUUAUAUAGAAAUUCGCUUCAAAAGUAUAUUGAAAUCUACGUUCAAAAAGUGAACCCCAGCCGUUUGCCGGUUGUAGUUGGUGGAUUACUUGAUGUCGAUUGUUCUGAAGACAUUAUAAAAAAUCUGAUUCUGGUAGUUAGAGGUCAGUUUUCGACAGAUGAGUUAGUAGAGGAAGUUGAAAAGAGAAAUAGAUUAAAACUUUUAUUACCAUGGCUUGAGAGCCGAGUGCAUGAACAGUCUGUUGAACCAGCUACUCAUAAUGCAUUGGCUAAGAUUUACAUUGAUUCAAAUAAUAACGCAGAAAGGUUCUUGAAAGAAAAUCAAUGGUAUGAUUCUCGUGUGGUUGGUCGUUACUGUGAAAAGCGCGAUCCUCAUUUAGCUUGCGUUGCAUAUGAAAGAGGUCAAUGCGACAGGGAGCUUAUCGCCGUUUGCAACGAGAACUCCUUGUUUAAGUCGGAAGCCAGAUACUUAGUCCACAGACGAGAUCCGGAGUUGUGGGCAGAGGUACUACAAGAGAGUAACCCCUACAGACGGCAGUUAAUUGAUCAAGUAGUUCAGACGGCUCUCAGCGAAACACAGGAUCCUGAAGAUAUUUCAGUUACCGUUAAAGCUUUCAUGACAGCUGAUUUGCCGAACGAGCUAAUUGAACUUUUAGAAAAGAUUGUGUUGGAUAGUUCAGUUUUCUCCGACCACAGAAAUUUGCAGAACUUACUUAUUCUUACUGCUAUCAAGGCUGACGCUACGAGAGUGAUGGACUACAUCAACCGAUUGGAUAAUUACGAUGCCCCCGAUAUUGCUAACAUUGCCAUUAAUAAUCAUCUUUACGAAGAAGCUUUUGCAAUUUUUAAGAAGUUUGAUGUUAACACCUCUGCUAUCCAAGUUCUUAUUGAACAGGUCAAUGAUUUAGAUCGAGCCUUUGAAUUUGCAGAACGUUGUAACGAGCCAGCGGUAUGGAGUCAGUUAGCUAAAGCUCAAUUAAAUCAAGGACUUGUCAAGGAAGCUAUUGAUUCUUAUAUUAAAGCAGACGAUCCAUCUGCCUACAUGUCUGUUGUGGAAACAGCUUCAAAAAAUAAUAGUUGGGAAGAUUUGGUGAGAUAUUUGCAAAUGGCGCGUAAGAAGGCAAGAGAAAGUUAUAUCGAAUCGGAACUGAUCUAUUCUUAUGCUAAAACCGGAAGGCUGGCCGAUUUAGAAGAAUUUAUUUCUGGUCCAAAUCAUGCUGAUAUUCAAAAAAUUGGCGAUAGGUGCUUUGAUGAUGGAAUGUACGAUGCCGCAAAAUUACUUUACAAUAACGUUUCUAACUUUGCUAAAUUAGCUAUCACUUUAGUACACUUGAAAGAGUUUCAGGGUGCUGUAGAUAGUGCUCGUAAAGCUAAUAGCACUAGAACAUGGAAAGAAGUUUGCUUUGCUUGUGUGGAUGCACAAGAGUUCCGUUUAGCUCAGAUGUGUGGUAUGCACAUAGUCGUACAUGCUGAUGAAUUGCAAGACUUGAUUGAUUAUUAUCAAGAUAGAGGACAUUUUGAAGAAUUGAUAGGUCUGUUGGAAGCUGCUUUGGGUCUGGAAAGGGCCCAUAUGGGUAUGUUUAGCGAACUAGCUAUUUUAUAUUCCAAAUAUAAACCUGCAAAAAUGCGUGAACAUCUGGAACUUUUCUGGUCGAGAGUUAAUAUUCCUAAAGUAUUGCGUGCAGCUGAGCAAGCUCAUCUUUGGGCCGAACUGGUCUUCUUGUAUGACAAAUAUGAAGAAUACGAUAAUGCUGUAUUGGCUAUGAUGGCUCAUCCUACAGAAGCAUGGCGAGAAGGUCAUUUUAAAGAUAUAAUUACUAAAGUUGCAAACAUCGAAUUAUAUUAUAGAGCUAUUCAGUUUUAUUUAGAUUACAAACCUUUACUGUUAAACGAUUUGUUGUUAGUGUUGGCGCCUAGAAUGGAUCAUACCAGAGCUGUUUCUUUCUUCACUAAAACUAAUCAUUUACAACUUGUGAAAUCAUAUUUACGAUCUGUCCAAAAUCUUAAUAAUAAAGCUAUAAAUGAGGCACUCAAUUCACUGUUAAUUGAUGAAGAAGAUUUCCAGGGUCUGAGAACAUCAAUAGAUGCCUUUGAUAACUUUGAUAAUAUUGGAUUAGCACAGAGACUGGAAAAACAUGAACUGACAGAAUUUCGACGAAUUGCAGCUUAUUUAUAUAAAGGAAAUAAUAGAUGGAAACAAAGUGUUGAAUUAUGUAAGAAAGAUCGAUUAUUCAGAGAUGCAAUGGAAUAUACAGCUGAAAGUAGAAACCAAGAGUUAGCUGAGGAGUUACUGGGUUGGUUUUUGGAAAGGAAAGCCUACGAUUGUUUUGCCGCCUGCUUAUAUCAAUGUUAUGAUCUUCUUCAUCCAGACGUUGUUAUGGAGUUAUCUUGGCGUCAUCAGAUAAUGGACUUUGCGAUGCCCUAUUUUAUUCAAGUCACUAGAGAAUUAAGUACUAAAGUCGAAAAGCUGGAACAAUCUGAUGCCCAGCGGCAGACUGAGGCAGCGGAACAAGAUGCCAAGCAACCCAUGAUGAUUCCAGAGCCCCAACUAAUGCUUACAGCUGGACCAGGAAUGGGUAUUCCGCCACAGGCAUAUGCCCCACCGCAAGCCUAUCAGCAAGCGCCGUACGCUCCUCAGAUGCAAUACCAAGGUGGCUAUCCUGGGGCUAUGUAGGGAAAUGCCCCCGCUUAUGGGGUUUCACAGCAUUAUAGUAAAUUUUUCUAGCCUAAAGGAGAGACAUAGGGCUACAUCUGAUGCAAAUUAGUUUUGUUAUGGCAGAGGUAGAUGUCGAUUAGUGAAGUUCAAGUGUGUUAAAACUUAAAUGCUUGAUUAGGAUAAAAAAAUAGAUAUUUAUAAGCUUUUAUAUUUUUUAUUUAUAGGAUAGAGAAAAGUUAAGCUACAUUUUUAAAAUAUUAGAAUGGAUGAUUUCAUAAAUUUAUAGGUAAUUUAUUUUUCUUUAAAUAAUAGACUAUAACAUUUAAAAGUAUGUUUUAACUAAUCGAGAUUUACCUAAUGUAUAAAAAAUGUUAAUGUUAUUUCACCUCUGUCUGUUUUCAAUCCUAUAAUUUAUAACUAUUAUUGUAUUCUUGCACAGAUUUUAUUAUUUUUGUUGAAAUUACGUACUAUUAGUUAAUAUAGAUUACCAUAGAAUAUAUAUUUUAGGAUAUCACCCUAUGGAAAUUAAAUUGCACUUAUAGGCCAACUGAAUUACACUUAAAUUUUCGUAUUUUUUUGUUAUCUAAGAUUUUACCUGAAAAAAAUUAUAUGUGUAAAUAGAGUCAGAAUAUAACUUGCUUUAUAAAAAAGUUGUAUAUAUUUAUGCGCUAAAAAGGGAUUAGGUAUUAACUCAUAUUAAGGAAUUUUCUUCCAAAGUCCAUUUAUUUUGUAGGUUGAAGAAAAUUUCUGUUUUGAAAAUGUAUAUAACCCUUUGUUUUGCUUACAACAAAUUAAUUUGUAGUAACUUGUUUUAUAUUAUCAUUCCUUUUUUAUUAUAUUUAAUUAUACGUGUAUAUGUUCUUUAUUUUUGAUAGCUAUAGUUAUAUCUAUUUUGCACGUUUGGAAUAAGUUUUAUAGCUUUUGAUUUAAAAAAUCGGAUAUUGUGCAAAAUCUAAUUUCAUAUAUAAACGUAGUUAUUGCAAUUAUUUUUUCUCUGUAUUUAAUGAGCUAAAUAAAAAUGAUUUAUUGAA